GUUAACAAAAAUGACGUCAGUGUUAAGCGUUCCACGUGUAUGUUGGGAACAUGGCGCCGAUACAACAAGGACCCGAGAUCCAGUUUGCUCAAAGAUUAGCAUCUAACGAGAAACAUAUCAGAAAAAAAGCAAUAAAGAAGCUCAGAAAAUAUAUAAGUGUAAGGUCCCAGAGAAUCAAAGGUGGUUUCACCGGGGAUGAGUUGCUUAAACUAUGGAAGGGCCUUUUUUACUGUCUGUGGAUGCAGGACAAACCACUUCUUCAGGAGGAGCUGUCAAAUCAAAUUGCUGGAUUUCUGCACAACUUUCAAAGUGUUGACAGCCAGUUUCAGUAUCUGGAGACCUUCUUGCAGACCAUCAAGAGGGAGUGGACUGGCAUUGACAGACUGCGUAUGGACAAGUUUUACCAGCUGGUUCGCUUGGUGUUCAGGCAGACUUUUGAGAUGCUAAAGAAGAAAGGAUGGGAGACAAGCAUACUUGCCAGGUUUUUGGAACUUCUCACAGCACAGGUCCUCCAGAGCACCAGUGGAGCACCUUGUGGACUUCUGUUUCACAUUAUGGACCUCUACAUGACAGAGCUGGCUGGCGUGGGGUCAGCUGAGCUCACUGCAGAACAAAAUUUGACCUUCAUCAAACCAUUCUGCAAGUCAGCAGCCAAAACAAAGGAUCGCAUCCUGCUUAGAGCCAUCUGCAACAGCAUAUUCAGUGUCAUUGUAGAUCAGGCUCCAUUUGCUAUUGAGGAUUUAAUGAAAGAAAUGAAGAAUGCACAAACAGAAGAUUCAGAUUCAGGCCAGGCAUCCGAGGAAGAGGACGAGAAUGUGAAAACCAAACGCACUGUCAAAUACAGCAAGAAAUCAUCAGGAAAGUCAACGAAUGAUGACGAAGAGGAAGACAAAUUGUUCAACCUGGAGAAUGGCUUGGAUAUUGAGUUACCAGACGACGAGGGAAUUGGACCGGUUCUCCAGUUUGAUUAUGGUGCCUUGGCAGAUGAGCUGUUUCAGCUCGCCAGUCGUAACAACACUCCUAGCUUUAACCGCCAGAAACUCUACAAAGUUAUCAAAAUGCUGCGGGAUCUCAGCGAAGGAGCCUUUCCACAAGAUGAAUACCCAGAGGAGGUAUCAACGGACGAGGAUGACGAAGAGAUGUUUGGCAGCAGAAAGAGGAUGAAGAGGGAGAAAGGCCUAGGGGAGAAGGAGGAAGAGAAUGCUGUGAAGAAACUAAAAGGUAAAACUAAGAACAAGUCAGAACAUUCUGAUAAAGGCAAACCAAUAGAUGCCAAGAGUGACGCCACCAGAAUGAAGAAAAAGAAAAAGGAGAAAGAAAAGGGCCAACAUGCUAAACAGCAUACUGAAGAGGUAGAAGAGUCAGAGGUUAAAGCAUCUGAAGACUCAGUCCUGCCCGCUUCAUCAGGUUCACAAAGAACGAGUGAUAAAGAUGUAAAGAAAGUAGUGCCCUUACUGAGCUCUACUGAAGAAAAGACUGAAACCACUGCCUUAUCAGAAGCCAGGGAGACUGAUACUACCUUGGAUAACCAAUCAGAAACACCACUGGCCACCACAAUAGUCGUGGGGAGCAGAUUUUGUGUGACAUUCACUGAGGUAGCUGAGGGCAAUCAGAAUGACCAUUCAGAAAUUAAGGCUAUAAUAGAAGAGCCACUGAACAAGUUCGAGACUGAAGAAGCAGUGGCCACAAACACAAAGAGUAGAAGGAAGAAAGCCUCUGACCCAAAGGUGGAAGAACCUAAUGUAGAGGUUGCCAAGGCAGCGGAAGGCCAGUCUGGUACCCAGGAGGAGUCCAUCACGUGUGCAGCAGAGCCACAAACUGUUACUUUGACUCCUAUAGCCAACAUCCCUGGAGGCAAGAAGUGCAGAAGGAAGAGUAACAAACAGCAGGAGUCUGAGGAGACAACGGCAGGGAGAGAAGAGAGUCUAAAACCGGAACUCCAAUCUACUCCAACUAACACUGAGGAACCCCAAACAGAAGCAGCUCCACUGAAAACCAGAAAGAGAGCUAGAAAACAGAACGUAGUGACACAAGAGGAGAGUUCAGAAACAAAUAUAACACCUGCUGAAACAUCAGGGGACUUAGACAGGACACAUACUGAGACAACUGUUAAUGCUGUUCAUUUGAAAAAGAGGAAACGGUUGUCAAAGGCCAACUACCAGGCUGAUCAGGAUGGUGAAACACCGCCAGAAUCAGAAACCACCUGCCCAAGGGGUUGGGUCACAGCGACGACAACCGUUAAAAACACACAGAAACACCAGUCCAUCAUCCAGGAACGAGAGACCAAAGAUCAGGAUCAGCCAGAUGUUGACAAGGGCUGUGUUGGUGAUGGUGAGGUACCAGCAGAGAAUGAGACUCUGAAGAAGGUCAAAAAGAGAAAAACAUCUGUGAUGAUGGUGGCCAAAGAACUGGAGGCAGUGGGGGAGGAGGCUGCUCACCUGAGCACUGAGGUGGAGCCAGGAGACAAAAAGCCCAAAUUGAACAAUGACGGACAAGAGCCGACCACCACAAUAAACACCAAGAAGCUGCAGAAGACUUUAAAGGACAAAGCUGACUUCAUUAUCUUCCAGAAUAACGCCACCAUCCCAACACCUCUCUUUUAUAAGACUGCCAGUGGAGGCUCCAGCACAGAUUCAGCCAGUAAGAAGAAGUGUCAGAUGCCAAAAUCUGAAUCCAAGAAGGUAACAUUUGGCCUGAAAAACAACAAAACAGCAGAGUUCAGGAAAAAUGAUCGCAGCCUGCUAUUGAGUCCAGAAGGGCCGUCUCGAGUGCCCUUUGACCCUCAACAGAAGCCCCUGUUUGGAGUCUUAAAGUCCCCUGCGUUAUCUUUUACCGGCAGCACCAAGAACACCUCUAAUGGACGUCCCACUGCUGCUGACUUUUUCUAACCCUUGGGUGGGCAUGACUGACCAUGGAUUAAAAUCCCUGUGAAAAUAAAAUGUUUUACAACCA